AUGGCUACCAACGAAGGACUGGCAAGAUUGCUUUCUUCGGCCAUUGAAAGAGCGGUAGGCGAUGUUCUGGAUUCACGAAGAGUAAGUGGCAUAAAAGAAAUAAUAUACAUACGUGUAGUGUUUAUGAUUUAUCAUGAAUUUCAAAUUUCACUUGCCUUAAAAGUUUUCGUAUUCUACAAUAUAUAGAAUGUGCAGACUACCAAUGAACCUAUUAAUAGUAAUAGUGAUUCAUCAUCACAGAGUACCUCGACGGUAAGCUUUCUCUUAUUUCUUGUAAACAUGUCAAAUGUAUCAAUAUAUAAUACACACAUACAUGUACACAUCAGUGGUACACAUACACACUUUAUAAACAAUAUUUUAAAAUACACAUGAAAAAAAUUCUCAAUACUGAUUGGCUAAGAGCAGUGCAAAGUUUUCGAAACACAGUGCCAAAAAAUGAAAUACAGUGCCAAAAAAUGAAAUACAGUGCCAAUUUCAUGGACUAUAAGAUACAGCCAUUUCUAGCAGAAAAUAAUACAAAAAAUUCAAACAUUUACAAGUGGCAAAAAUUGCUGGUGUUUUAAGUAGAUUUUAUAUUAAAAUUAAUGUACCAAUCAAUUCGAAACUUCAUCAUCCCCCCCGGGCAUACCCCGGGAAUUUGACUUCAAGUCUUCUCCAGGGAGUAGGGAAUUUGACGUUCUAGGUUUUCCAUGUGGUGAGGAAUUUGAACCGGAAGUCUUAAAAUUUUGCCCGUUUUCGCGUGCUUCCUGCAUGCACAGAAAAUACUUAGCAUUGGCGGCAAAUACAGUUUUCCCAGAUUUCGAGGGAAACAGCGACAAUUUUGUGAAAAAUUGGCUCAAAUAAAUGGGCAUGGAAAAUCUAUGUGCUUCAUUUGAAGGUAUGUACCAGUACUACAUAAUUGUGUAAAACUGUUAAAUUUCCACAAGGUAUCCAAACUUUUUACGUGAAUUUCGCUAUCUUUUGUAUUUACUGUUUCAUAAUUUUCAUAUGUAGGUGGGGCAUUUGAACGCUUAAUUUCUUGUUACAGUGGGGCAUUUGAAGACUUUUUUUGCACAGGGGGUGGAGAAUUUGAUCAGUCAAAUUUCAAAAACUUCAAAUUCCCGAGGUUGGCCCGGGGGGGAUGGUGAAGUUUCGAAUUGAUCGAUACAUAACUAUUUGACAUAUGACCCAUAUAUGCACACGUGACUGCAUAAUGUUUUAAUGUAUAAUUGGCAAGGAAUCAAAAAUUUAAUAAUAGUAAAAUGCGAAUGUAAUUACACAAAGAGCAGUGCAUGUGCACAUAUUUUCGUUUUGAUUAUAAAAAUGCUAGGCCUAGGACGUUUUCUGCCUGGCUAGCAGGGUAAUCUAACAUUUGUGGGAUUAUAACACUUGACAAAUGUUAUUAAAAAUUCUCACAUAGUCCCAGUGUCGGGGUUUCAAUUGACAAGUGCAUAGAAGUAAAAGGCAACCAGAACAAACAAUUUUGUAAUAACCUUUCUACUUAAUUUUCAGAAUGUCUUGAAUACAAACCAAACGUCAUCAGAGCAUAACAAUUCAAGGGUAAGCACAUUGUUUUGAUAUUUUCUGCAUGAGGAAUUGUUUAGUUGUUUCUGAAACAUUUUUUCCUGUUGAAUUUUUUUAAGGAUGAUGAUGACCACCAUGCACAACACCGGUGGGUUCACUUAUUACUAAGUAGUGGAAUAAAAUUAAUAUAAUUUAAAGGCAGCUUCCUAUGAAUGGAUUACUUAUAGUUAUUCCCAUCAAGUGGUGAGACUUUCCUAUCAACACUAAAGUGGGAUGAAAUACAGCUUAAAGGGGUCUUGUCUAAAAUUACACACAAGUGACGGCAAAUGAUCACGAAUGACCAUGAGCGAUUUUAAGUUGGUUCCCUAGGGUUUUUGCAUUAUACUACACUUUUGUACCUCAGCACAUUAUGGCUGUGGAUUUGCUUUUUCACACCUGCAAGGGUCAGUGUUGUAUCAUGAUUGGUAUUGAUUGCACUGAUCUUCAGGGACGUAGCAAAGCAUCUGAAGUUUGGGGGGAAGGGUGUUGGAGGAUUUUAUUUCCAACCCCCCCCCCCCUAACUUCAGAUGCUUCUCUACGUCCCUGAAUGAUGUAAAUACAUUUUCACUCAAGUAUUUCCAUCUGGAAGAUCUUUCAUCUGUACGUAAGCAGACUGAGCUUCCACGACGGUAAGUACUAUAGUCGCCUAUGUCUCAUGCCAUCAACGACAGUUUCCGAAGCCAGUCGACAAUUUCCGUCACAACUUCAUAUCUCUUACAUACAGUUUUAGCAUUACAUUGUGGCCAGCCACAAAAACCCUAGUAGGGAGCCACCUUAAAACCCUAGUAAGGAGCAACCUUAAAAUAGUUUAUAUUAUUAUUUCAUGAUUUUUAAACACAUAAAUCACUCGUGUGUACUUUUAGACAAGAUCGCUUAAAAGGUGCCGUUACACAUGCAAUUUGUCUCGCACUUGUCUCGCAAUUUUGUUGCGACACAAGUUGCACGCGAAAUUGCAAGGUGUAUUAUGCCUCGCAAUCAACAAGUGUCGCAAUAUUUUUGUUGCAACAACCAUUGCACGAAGUAGAAUCAGGUUCUACUUUUGCAACGAUUGCGGCAACGCUGCAACGCAUUUUUAAAGCAUUUCAGAGUGCAACAUCCCUCUUGCAAUUAUUCUCGCAAUGUUUCUACACUGAAUGACUUCCUAUUGGCUUUAAUUUAACUGACAAUAUUGCGCCAAAUGUUAGCACUCGCGGUUUUUAUACUAUUUUUAAUAAUGAUCGUUGCAUGGAACAUAUUGCUUGGUGAAACAUCCCUUGCAAUGCAAUCCUGAAAUCGUUUUUCUUAGCAUUGCGAGACAAGUUCCAAGACAAGUUGCUUAGUGUAACAGUGCCUUAAUGGUUGCAAUCCAUAUUUUCCUACCAUUGUUAGUUGUUGAAAACAAUGAGUAUCCUCGCAUCUAGAGGCUUUGGAUUUUUCUGACAAAAAUGAUUUAACUGCUGUUGUAGCUAUUGCAAUGAUCACAUUUCAAUAUGGCAUAAAUUUUGGCUUGAAAGUUGUUUAAGAGUUCAGUUACUCAUGUUUUUUAAAAACAUUUGGUUGAUCCAAAAGGAUUUAUUUGCAAAAGGUUUAUAUUCUUGUACUUUUGUCAACAAAUUUUUUUCUCACUAUUGUAGGCAAGUUUAGGCCAAAAAAAACCAUUCCUGAAAAUAGAUUGAAAAGGUUGUUGGAGCUGAAAAUGCCGUUGGCACAAAUUGCAAGGGAUCUUGGUGUUUCUAGACCUGUUUUAUAUAAAUUUAUUAGGGAAAAUGGCAUUUCACAUGAAAAAUAUUCCACACUGUCAGAACAAGAAGUGCAGAAUGUUGUGGCAGAGGUCAAGAAAAACCACCCUAAUGCAGGUGAGGUAAUGCUUCAAGGGCAUCUACAAUCCAAAGGUAUAACGCUACAACACCAUAAAAUUCGAACGGCAAUACAUGCUGUUGAUCCAGAUGGUGUGGAAGCAAGAAAACGUCCAACAAUUAAACGGAGAGUGUAUUCUGUCCCUUAUCCCAAUUACCUGUGGCACAUAGACGGAAACCACAAACUAAUCCGUUGGCGAAUUGUUGUUCAUCAUGGGAUUGACGGAUAUAGUAGAAUGGUAGUUUUUGCUCAAUUUUCCACCAACAACAGAGCGAUCACCGUUGAAGAUCUGUUUAAAGCAGCAAUUCAGCAAUAUGGUUGCCCCGUCCGUGUACGAACAGAUUAUGGUGGGGAAAAUGUGGGAGUGUGGCGUCACAUGGUUAAUGUACAUGGAGAAGACAGCAGGGCUGUGAUAGAUAGCUGGAAGCUCCGUUCAUAA